ACUUGAUCCAUCUUAAUAAAACAAAUUUUCUUCCGAGCAUCUCUCAUUAAAACUAUUAUCAUAAGAUUAUAUUACAGAAGGAGUGCUAUUAUAAGAAUAGGUAACCCUGUCAACGUUUCAUUCACCAACGCCUUUUGAUUUCCACAGAGAAAAAGAAGAGCAGAGCUUUGCAAGUUACGACCAUGGCAACUAAAGUUUACAUUGUGUACUAUUCUAUGUACGGACAUGUUGAGAAGCUAGCUCAAGAGAUCCUAAAAGGGGCUGCUUCCGUGGAAGGAGUAGAAGCAAAACUCUGGCAGGUUUGUAUUAUAGUCUCUCUAGUACCUGAAAUAUUGCCUGAAGAGGUCCUUGGGAAGAUGGGAGCACCUCCAAAGACUGAUGUUCCAGUUAUUACACCCAAUGAGCUUCCUGAGGCUGAUGGUUUGUUGUUUGGUUUUCCCACAAGAUUUGGAAUGAUGGCUUCUCAAUUCAAAGCAUUUUUGGAUGCAACUGGAGGACUAUGGCGUACACAGGCACUUGCAGGAAAGCCUGCUGGCAUCUUUUACAGCACUGCCUCUCAGGGAGGUGGACAAGAGACUACCGCGUUGACAUCUAUUACUCAGCUUGUUCAUCAUGGAUUGAUUUUUGUCCCCAUUGGAUACACAUUUGGCGCUGGCAUGUUUGAGAUGGAGAAUGUUAAGGGUGGCUCCCCAUAUGGUGCAGGAACUUACGCUGGAGAUGGCACAAGACAACCUACUGAGUUAGAAUUGGCUCAAGCUUUCCAUCAGGGAAAGUACUUUGCAGGCAUUGCUAAGAAGCUCAAGGGAUCUCAGUGAUUUUUAUUCUCCAUACACAUCUAUUGCCAUAGCAUAUUGUGUUUCCAGUUACCAUAUUGUCAAACAGAAUAAGAUAUUAAUAUUUAAAAAAAAAAAAGAGUGAGAGAGAAUAAAUUAGUACUCUUUGUUGAAGACAAUUGUUUUUUCUUUUGGUGAGCUGUUGAAGACAAUUGUUGUCGCUUGUCAUAAUGCAUCUUCUUAUAGUGCUUAUUGUCAAUAACAAGAAUUUGGUAAUUGCU